AUGAAAGGUUCCAUUCCAUCGUGGUGGCGGGCCUUGGUGCUCGCGACUACCUUGGCCUAUGCUGCUCCAGUAGGUCAUAGUCCGCAACGUGUAAUCUUUACCAAACAUGCGUCGCGAUCGCCCAUUGCCUGGAGUUGUUCUUUCCCCCGCGGAGGUUCCGUUUCAUCGGUAUCUUCUAGAUCUUCCGGGGCCCUCAACGUUGUAUUACUGCAGGAUCUCGGGCGAAGCUUGUGGGCACGUGCUCGCACCCUUUGGAACGAAGGAUUCCCUGCUCUGCCCGAAGCAGAUUCUGCCGUUGCGACUCGGGCGCCGAAGGCUCGGUUCGACCAGUCCGGGCCACCGUCUACCCGACAGAACUGGCACCAAGAAAAAUACAGUUUGCAAACCUCCGCUGCGUUCUUUUUUUCUCCGACGCUGCGGGUCGUCAAGCUUGCAGUCGUUGCCUUUGCUUUGUCAGAAUUCCUGGUUGCCCUGAAUUUACUCGAAACUCGGCUCGCUUUCCCCCCGUUCCGGUCAGUUAGGUUCCGGGCGCCUCCCAGUUUAGCACAGUAUCGUGUACGGAUAAAAUACCGUUGGAAUCAGUGGCGAUGGGAUGGCGGUUUGCUGCGGCUCGAAACCUGGAAAACGCCGUCUCGCUUGUCGAAAGCCUUUCGGACGCAAGUCUCGCCUCAGCACCAAUGGGCCGUAGGGACCACGUUGGGGCUGGUUUUCUCUCCCACCAUGCUGUACAUAGGUGCUUUUGCAUUGAAAUUGUCGGUCGCCACCUACGUGUGCUCCGAGAUCUAUCACGUUUGGAAAACAAACACGUGGGCAGCUGACCAAGAUCGUCAUAAUGUUUCGCCUUGGCGUAGCAAGGAAGAAAUUACCAACAGUAACAGGAACUCCGACGUCCAAGCUUGGUUGGAUUUUGCGGGCGCCUACCUGGAGUACUAUAGGGACUGGAUACACUAUGUGGUGCAAAAUCCCAGACACCUGCGAACGGUCGUUCCGUUAAGAGAUAUGCCGCGCGAAAUGCAGCAAGGGUUCUUGGUGGGAUUUGCGCUGGGCGUCGUCUUUGGAGCCUGA